AGUUGCCUUCUUCUUUGGAGACCCUGAGACAGAAACUCUGGGGUUGGAGACGUAGUGUAGCCAAAUCUGUCUGCCAUCAGCUUCAAUUCAACCUUUACAAAGGACCACAAACGCUUUCUAAUCUUCUAAUUGUUUAUGCGACUCUUUGUGAUCUUUGAACAUGUGAUUUUUAAGAAGUGUUUGUCUCAACGUUACAUCGUGUUGGGAGCUGCUGCUACACACUGGAGCAGAACAAAGACAGCCAACCCACUUUACAGCAGCUACAGUUGUUGUCAGAUUCAUGGAGAAGACACUGACAAUAGGUCUGACUCUUUUCCUUACACUUUGUGUGGAUAUACCACAAGCUGGGGGGCGGAAGGAGGGAAGCAAUGCAGAAAACAAAAGUUCAUCACGUUCUUCAGAUGCAAAAGCAGGCCGUUGCUCCUACACCUUCAUUGUUCCACAACAAAAGCUGACAGGGGCGCUGUGUUUGAACACGCAGUCUGCUACUACCAACCACUCAGAGGUGGCAGCGCUGCGGGCGGAGCUCAGACGGCAGCAGGAGCAACUGGAGAAGCUCCGGGGCCAACUGGAGCAAGAAGGGACUCUUGCCUUGGAGGUAAGGACUCUGCGCAAAGAGAGCAUCAGCAUGAAUUCUCGUAUUGCUCAGCUCUAUGCACAGCUGCUACAUGAAGUCAUACAUAAGAAAGACCAGGCUUUGGAGCAACAAAGGGUGGAGAACCUUCUGCUGAAUGCUACAACACAGGCACUGCAGGUGUCCAGUAAUUACAGGGAGCUGGAGAAGAAAUACGGAGCCCUCACCUCCAUGAUGAGCUCCCAGAACCAGUUUAUUGCUCGUCUGGAGAAGCAGUGCCAGUGCAGGGACUCCACCCAGUCCUCUCUGGUGCUGACUGAACCACCAAAAAGCCAGUCUGUUGUGCAUCCUAAUUACAGCUCUGAAGCCAUCGAAAUGACCAAUGAUGUUCAAAGGGACCAAAGUGCUCCUCCACCACAGCAAGCACACACAGGGGGAGUUCCCUCCCUCCCCACCACUACCCCCAGCACUCCUACAGAACCUCCCUUCGUUAGCUUCCCCGUCACAAAGACUCCAGGGCCAUGGAGGGACUGUCAGCAUGUGCUGGAAUCAGGUGAGGCCAUCAGUGGGAUCUACCUGCUCCGCCUACAGAGCGCCAACCGACUCCUGCAGGCCUGGUGUGAGCAGAGUCAGGCUCAGGGAGGGUGGACGGUCAUCCAGAGGAGACAAGAUGGGUCGGUCAACUUCUUCAGGACUUGGGAACAGUACAAGCAAGGCUUUGGGAACCUAGAUGGAGAGUACUGGCUCGGCCUGGAACACCUCUACUGGCUAACCAAACAGGCCCAGUAUAAGCUACGGGUGGCCCUGGAGGACUGGCAGGGUCGGCAGGUGUUUGCUGAGUAUGACAGCUUCCAUCUGGAACCAGAGAGUGACUGGUACCGACUGCGGUUAGGACAAUACCACGGCAAUGCAGGGGACUCCCUCUCCUGGCACAACAACAAGGCCUUCACCACUUUGGAUCGAGACAAGGACAGCUACUCAGGUAACUGUGCUCAUUAUCAGAAGGGAGGCUGGUGGUAUCACAUGUGUGCCCACUCCAAUCUGAAUGGUGUGUGGUAUCGGGGUGGACACUAUCGAAGCCGCUACCAGGAUGGGGUCUACUGGGCAGAGUUCCACGGAGGGUCCUACUCCCUGAAAAGAGUUUCCAUGAUGAUCAAACCCACAUAACAUGGUGUCAUUAUGACCAUGUGGGAACUAAACACAUAACUAAUGUGGAUAAAUGUCACAUCCAUGUAAAGAGAAUCAAGCAAUGUCAACCCUUUCAUGUCUGUUUAAUAGAUAAAUUGCACGAAAGUUAACAAAUAUGCUCUCUGUGUUGCAAUUUCCUGAUCAAACCAGAGGUUUUUCAACUUGUAAUGUACUUCUCAAUAAAAUAAUGUGAAAGUAGA